UUUUUUUUGUGUAGAGAGUAAAGCGGGAAAUUAGAAUUCAUUUCCGGUCAAAAAAGAUAAACAAAUCCUAAAAUUUAGGUUUAACCAAAUGAGUUAAAAAAAAAAUUCACUGAACAGUAGUUAAAGAUUUAGCUCCUUCGAGUUAAAUGGAACCAAAAGAUGAACUUGAUGUUUCUGCCAUGUUUCAAAAGAUGGGAUCCAAAUUAGGAUGGUUUCAGUAUAAAGACGUGGAUUCUGCACUUCAUACACUUUCAAAUAGUACAAAAAAGAAGUCAAGUAAAUCUAGAAGAAGAAAAGAAUAUUCAGAAGAUGGUGAAGAUCAAUCAAAGUCUGUGCAGAAAGAAAAGAAAAAAACAAAAAUAAGAAAGAGAAAAGAAAUUGGUCAAACUAAGCUUUCAUUCAGCUCAGAAUCACCGUUAAAAGAUAUAAAAGACAAUUCCAUGGAAGAAAAUGUUCACUUAUCUGACUCUUCAGAUGAAUUCAAAAUUCCUCUCCGUCGCACACCAGGCUCAACAGAUUUAACAAGAAAAAACAGGAAAAGCAAAAAAAAUAAAGAAAACAAAGAACAAAAUCCUGUGUUUGAAAAAGAUGAAAAAAUAAAACAAUCUUCUGAGAAAUCAAAAGUUUUACAGAACAGUAUGGAAACAAGUACAAGUAUGAAUGUUCACUCUUAUCAUAAAAGUUGUACCAGUUCUCCUGAAUCUGACUUUUUAGAUUUAGGGGUACCAGUACAGGAAUCCACAAGAAUCCACAGUAGAGCAAGUAUUGACACAAUGUUGGAUACUCCCGAUAUUUCAAUAGGAUUGUUUCAACAGGAAAAGGGAUCAGAUCAGAUUUAUUCUGCUAAAAAUCAUUCUUAUAAAGAUUUAAAUGUAAUGAAAUCUGGAAAGAAAAGAGUUUCUAUUGGGCAUUUUCAGCAAAUUCUUUACAGAGAACAGACAGAAAACAAUACUAAUUUGUGUUCAAAAUUACAAAAUUUAGAUUUGACAAAUAACUCGGAAGCCAAUCAGACAGAUUUAUAUACAACUGCUAUGAGUGAAAAGUUAAAUGAUGUUCAUAAUACAAACGGCUUGAAUUCAAUAGAGAAAUCAAGAAAAUCUGUUUAUUUUGAUGCUAGAACUGGAAACAGUUCAUCUUCAAGUUCAAGUUUUACUGAGUUGUCUCCACCUGAUAAUAAACAGUAUAAAAGUCUAAAUAGCUCAAAUUCAUCUUCUAAAAAUCACAACAAAAGAUCAGAUAGUGAAGAACAUUCAUCAUUUGAAGUGGCAGACAUUUCAAUUCAAACUAGCAGAAAUAUAUCUCUGUCAAAAUGUGAAAAGUUACAGAAUAAUGAAAGUAGUAGUUGUUCAGGAAGUGACAAUUCUGAUUUUGUUGAGGUAAAUGAUGUAUCCUUGCAAACAAGCAUUAAUAAUGAUUGUUCUUCCAAGACAUAUGACGAGAAUUGCUCUGAGAGGAAUAGUUCUGGUCAGGAUAAUAAUACUAGUUGUUCAUUUGUUGAAGUUCAAGACAUUUCAUCCCAGGCUGAUGUGAAGUCUUCUGAUGACUUACGAGAAAGAAUAAGUCUGCCUUCACUGGAUAGAAGUGGCAGUCUGUCACCCAAAACAAAUUCCAAAAAUAAAACAAUAUUCUUUGAUGCAGAAAGUGAUUUUGAAGAAAUCAGCAUUAAUAAUGAAAAAGGUGUAUUAAACGACAACAAACAAGAAAUGAGUAGAAACAUGAUUUCUUCUGGUUCCUACAACUUUAGUUCUGAUGAUGACACUGAAAAUAAUUGUCAAGAAAAACCCAAGAAACCGCAACAUAUAGGUAGUAUAUUUAGUUCUGAUGAGGAGGAAGACUUGGUUAUAAACACAUUCAAAGGCGACAAGAAAGUGAGAAAGGACAACAAGAAAGUAAGAAAAGACACUGGUGAAAAAGAACAAGUUUCAGGUCACAUAGACAACCAAUCAGAACUAAGCAAUGAAACAAGUGAUCACAGCCUAGAACAAAAACAAAGAAGUAGAAUAGAUACUAUUCUGACUGAUUCUGAGGAUGAAUGCUUUAAUGAUGCAGUAGAAAAUAAAAGCAAAACAAAUUGGAGGAGUCAGAAGAUUGACAGUGAUUCUAGCAGUGAUGAUCAGCUGGAAGAUUUUUUUAAGAAAAUGAAAAGUAAAAAGCCGGGACCAGUGACAAAGGAAGAGGAAUCUGAUGACAGCCUGUCCAGUUUUAUAGUAGAUGAUUGUGAUGUAACAAGUAGUGAAGAUGAAAGGGAUGAAGAUUAUCUGCCUGUUGUGUUCAAUGAUAGCAGUGAUGAAAGUGACGAUGAUUUGUAUACUACACCCCUCCCUGAUCCUGCAAAGAGAAGUAGAAAGAAAGUGAAUACAGUAGAAGUUAUAAGUUCAGAUACAGAUGAAGAGCUUCAAAGUAUUGAGAAACCUAAACCCAAGAGACAACCAAUCAAAACUCCUAAAACACAAGAUGUUUUUAAAACUCCUAAAACAGUAGAUGUAGCUAGUAAAAUAAACAAAGGCAACAAUCCAUAUGAUAAACCAGUGAAGAAGUUCUCUUUCCUAAGAUCACUGAGUAACAGUAUACCCACUGAACUUUGUAACCAAGAUUCACUCAGAUAUAUCAACAGUUUUGCAAAGACUAAGGAAGAGUUAACAGUUAAACUGUUUAAGUUUUAUAAUGAGACCAUCUUUGAUUGUAAGCUUCCAUCAAACUUGUCCAUAGUAUGGAACAAGAGAUUGUUAAAGACAGCAGGGUAUUGUGUUAAUAAGACUACCAGAGAAGCAGUAAAGACUUGCCAGAUUGAGUUGUCCAUUAAAGUGUGUGAUUCAGCAGAGAGAACCAGAGAUACAUUGAUACAUGAGUUGUGCCAUGCAGCAGUAUGGCUAUUAAAUGGUGUGAAGGAUGGACAUGGUCCUUAUUGGAAGUACUGGGCAAGUAAAGCAAAUAAGGUUCAUCCCGAGAUUGCAGUAGUAACACGUUGUCAUAGUUAUAAAAUACAAACAAAAUAUAAAUACCAAUGUGUAGAUUGUAAAUAUGAAGUUGGUAGACAUUCUAAAUCAUUAGAUACAAAGAGAUUUAUUUGUGGAAAAUGUAAAGGAGCUUUUGUAUUACUGGAUAAAUAUGGUAAACCUGCCCACCAAGCUACAAAUAAAGAUGGUACAGCUAAGACACCUAAUAAGUUUGCUUUGUUUGUCAAAAACAAUUAUAAAGAGAUCAAGAAACGGGACAGUUCAAUGAAGCAUGGUGAAGUCAUGAGUGUUUUGAGUAAAGAAUUUGCUAAGCAGAAGUUAUCAUAAUAUGUAAUUUUUGUUAUAUUUUACUUGAUCUCAGGAUAAAAAGAAUGGGCAGCAUUACUUUAUAUAGAAGAAACUACACUUUGAUGAAUAUUAUACAAUUUGAGAGAAAUUUUUAUUUUUUAUGGUACUUUUUGGACAAUUGGAUUUUUUUUGUGCCUGGUUUGUAAAAUAAAUAAGCUAUAAGUGCUGAAUGUAGACAUGUAUAGAUGUAUGAAUUAUAAGUGAGAUUUCUUAAUUUCCUGCUCUAUAUAUAGCCUCAAUUUUUGUUUUCAAUUACGAAAACACAGUUUGGUUUAAAAGUAGAUGAGACUGCAAUACACAAACCAAGAAUUUUUUUUAUUAUGAAAUCUUGCCUGAAAUUUUCAGUGCAAAAGGACAAAUAAGUUAUUGCCUUUUGUUGUGUAGCGGCGGCAUAUUUCCCUAAAGUAGGCUGAUUUAACAGAUUAACAUGCUGCUGGGGAAAAAAAAACAAGAAUAAAAAAUUUACAUUUGAUGCUUUAGGCAUUUGGCACAGACAAAUUUAAACACUCAUUAAUCAAUCUAUAUUGUCAUAGAAGUAGAAGUCACCUUGUACUAUAUACAGACUUAAUUUUAUUCUGAUUUAUUGUUUUACACAUUUUAUACAUAUAUUUGUUUGUAAAUAAAAUAAAUAAAUAUUUCC